UGUACACAGCAGCUGAUCAUCACAGAGACACAGAUCCAAUUGGAAUAGCUAGAAUAGUACUACCGGAGAACAUAGCAAUAGGUUUCGUGGAACCAAAUAGAUGAUGGCAGAACCGAUUGGUAAAGAAGAGGAGGAAGAAGAGGAAGGCAGAGGAGGAGGAGGAGGAGGAGGAGGAGAGGGAGGGAAAGAGGAGAAAUCGAAGGUGAUGAGCAGGAAAGAGAAGAGGAAGGCGAUAAAGAAGAUGAAGAGGAAGCAAGUGAGGAGGGAGAUGGCGGAGAAGGAGAGGGAAGAAGAGGAGAGGAAACUGAAUGAUCCGGAGGAGCAGAGGAGAGAGAAGGAGAUGGAGGAAGAGGAGAGACGGAGAAUGGAGAGGGAGAGGAAGGAAUUCAAGGAGAGAGAGAGGAAGUGGCUGGAAGAAAUGGAAAGGAAGAGAAAGGAGGAGGAAGAAGAAGAGGAAAGGAGGAUGGCCUUGGAAGAAGAGGAAGAGUCCAACAGAUUACUGGUUGAAAAGGAUAAUGAGGGUAAUGAGGAUGACAAUUGGGAAUAUGUAGAAGAGGGGCCUGCAGAAAUUAUCUGGCAAGGAAAUGAGAUAAUUGUUCGGAAGAAAAGGGUCAGGGUAUCGAAGAAGAGUGCAGAUCAACAGAACAGAAGUGAGGAUUCUGAUAGACCUACAUCAAAUCCUCUUCCUCCACAGUCUGAAGCUUUUGCUGAGUACCAAAAUGCAUCAAAGACUUCAGUGGAACAAAUGCUUGAUAAUGUUGCUCAACAAAUACCUAAUUUUGGAACUGAACAGGAUAAAGCUCAUUGUCCUUUCCAUUUAAAGACUGGAGCUUGUCGGUUCGGCCAGCGCUGCAGCAGAGUUCAUUUUUACCCUGAUAAAGCAUGUACAUUACUCAUGAAGAACAUGUAUAAUGGUCCCGGCCUUCCUUGGGAACAAGAUGAGGGCCUCGAGUAUACGGAUGAAGAGGUUGAGCACUGUUAUAAAGAAUUUUAUGAGGAUGUGCACACAGAGUUCUUGAAGUAUGGGGAAAUAGUGAAUUUCAAGGUGUGUAAGAAUAGUUCAUUCCACUUGCGAGGGAAUGUUUAUGUGCAAUAUAAAUCGUUGGAUUCAGCUGUACUUGCUUAUCAUUCUAUCAAUGGCCGCUACUUUGCCGGAAAACAGGUACAAUGUGAAUUUGUCAAUGUGACGAGAUGGAAGGUUGCCAUAUGCGGAGAGCAUAUGAAGUCAAGGCUCAAGACAUGUUCUCAUGGAAUGGCUUGCAAUUUUAUCCACUGCUUCCGUAAUCCAGGUGGGGACUAUGAGUGGGCUGAUUGGGAUAAACCACCACCUAGAUAUUGGGUGAAAGAGAUGGCUGCUCUAUUUGGUUACUCUGAUGAAUCUGCAUGCGGGAAAGAGAUGGACAAAGAAAAGUUUGAGCAUAUGAGGAUGCCUAGCAAGACAAUACCAACUGAUACAGACAGGCUUCUUGCUAGAAGAUCUAGGCCCAGGCACAUAUAUCACCGGUUCCCUUGUUCUGUUAAAAGCAGUGAUGAUGAAGAUAGAGUUCAAGAAGGCACUUGCUGGUAUAGGUGGGCAGAUGAUGAUCACAGAAGUCAUGAUUCUAAUUCUGAUGGAGGUUGGUCAGAUAGGGACAUUAGCUUGGACCGAAAACGAAACAAGUAUCAUCGUCAUGUGAGCCAAAGGUCAAAAGACCCUGUUAAAUUGUCAGAAUGCUCCACUGAUCAGUCUGGUGGGGAGAGCAGGCAGACUAUCCAUGAGGCUGAUUCCAAUGAUUGGUCUGAUGGGAGCAUAAAAGGACUAACACACUAUGCCCACACUAAAAGCUCAGAACUUUGGGAAAAAGAGACACUGCAGGAUGAUAGUAGAGACAGGAAGAAUGUGUCUCAUGCAGUGGAUGGAUAUAAGUUGGAUAGAAACAGAGGUAGAGAAAAACGCCAUAGUCACAGGGGGAGAAGCUCAAGACACCACAGCAAAGUAAGGUCCACAGAUGAUCAUGGAGAUUUAACUAUUUGUAUUGGUUCCAUGGAAGAGUUGUCACGCAGAGACAAAGACAAGGACAAAGGCAGACAUGAUAAUCCCAAAAGGAAGAGCUCAGGAAACAAUAGCUAUUUCUCAAAGUCCCCAGAUGACCAAUGGGGUGAUAGGUACAGGACAAAAGAUGCUGAUUCCAGUGAUGAGCGGUUUGACAAGGAAAGACAUCACAGUUAUAAAAGGAGACAAUUGAGGCAAAUUCAACAAGAGAUUUCAGAUGAUGAGGGGAUAACGGCAAAGAGGUUGAAAGAGAAGUCUUACAGUGAGGAAACUGAAAUAGGAAAAUCUCACCUGAAAAGAAAUCCAAUGGAUUGUCCCCUGAGCCGAAGCCGCCAUUCGAGCAGAGAAAGUAAUGAAACAAUUUCUCAUGAGGAGAGUUUGAAAGCAGCAAAAAAUCACGGGUUCAGUUACAUGGAUCCAUGUAAUAGAAGAUAUGUGUUUGAUAAUGAUUCAAGAUACAAAUCCAUUGAAGAAAUUAGUGAGCUGGAUCGCUGGAAACCUGAAAGUCCUGAUAGGGACUAGAAGUCCACUAGAAAAUCUGUUAGUAGUGAGAGUUAUGAGUCUGGGAGUCCUGGUCAAUAUGAUGGAAGAUCUACUUAACAUGAUUGCAAAUCAGAUUCCAUUCAGAACUAAGAAAUCAAGAAAGAAAGUUGGGAAUCUGAAAACUCAUGCCUUUGAAACCCCUUAAUUUUACUAAUGAUGGUGGUGUUGACAAGACUGUAAAUCAAUUUGUUGGCAUAAGAUAUGUUGUAAGCAUUAUCCUGAAAGAUGAAACCAUCAAAGGAGACAGCCAUCCAAGACUAAGUGACCAGAGAACAUGAAAACUGGUGGAAAAGUAAACCGAUUUCUGCUGAAGAGCAUUGGGGUACACCUUAAAGAAUAUUUGGGUCUUAAAUGACACUUAAUAAGAAAUGUUUUGCAAUAGUUGGAUUUGUGGUACUAAUGGCACAAGCAACUAUAUAUAAUUUUGGGAAGCUAGCGCUGGGAGUUAUUUUGUCCCCUUAUCCUCUUUUCUAAUUGAUGAAUGUGGCACCAAGAAGAAUGGCCUUUUUUGCACUGUAUCUCGUCUGGGAAGAUACUUUAGAUUCUGUAAAUGUGGUCUAUAAUGUAGAAAAUUAUGAGUUGCCAUUGGGGGUUCUUUCAUUCUAGCUUCUGGCAGGGUGCAGGCCUGUGAAUGAUUUAUCUUGUUAACACCACACCUUUUAGCCUUCCAGGGUCUAUUAUGUUGCAUAAAAUAUAUUUGCACGUGUUCUCAUUUCAUCGUUUUGAUGAUUUCCACGGUGUGCUCAUUCCCGGAACAUUCUUCAAAAGCAUUAGUCUCACCAUUGGUGCAUGGCAAUAUUGUGGUGCGAUUUAGGUUGAUGCUUUUUGUCUUCUGUUCAGGUGUAACCAAGAUUUCAAACAUUAAUUCAAUUCUGAAGCUGAGAAAAGUAGAGCAUUUAUCCAUGUGGUGAAAGCCCUAGUAUGAUUCACAGGCUAAUCAAAGCUGUUGCUUCACCAAGAGCUCAAUGCGUGAUCCCCAGAGAGUUAUAGUGCAAAAGAAGCAAGAUGAUAUUUGUACUCCCAAAAAUAAUAAUAAUAAGGUAUGUUUUGCCAGAAUAAAAUGACAAAUGCAUGAGAUGUAGUAUGUAGAUUCACUUUUUUUUUUCUCAAUUAGAUUUAUAUUAUAUCAUAACUUAUUGAAAAUUCUCUUCCACUUUAUCAAUAUAUUCUUUUAUUGUAUUGCAA